AUACAGAAGAGAGGCUGAGUUGAUGUGCUUUGAGAAAACGCCCCCUUGUUUGUGAGGGAAGGACAGCAGCGGCUAGUAAACCGUUGGAGAGGGAGUUGGUUGUGGUUCAGCACACUCUACCAGCAGUUCAAGAGGAUAAACUGAGACCAUGAAGAGCUUGGAGCUGCUGCUGUUGCCUCUGCUGCUUAUCCUGAAAGAUGUAAGUGCUCAGUGGAAUGUGUGGAUGCCCAGAGACAUUUCAGCCAUGACAAACUCCUGUGUGGUUAUACCCUGUUCAUUCACAUACCCCUCUGGCGUCAGACCUUACAGAGGGAUCCAUGGGAUCUGGUAUUUCGGCCACCCCUACCCCCAGCUUUUCCCCCCAGUGGUGUAUAAGUCACGCACAGAUAUUGUCCAUGAAAGCUACAAGGGACGGACCAAGCUCCUUGGUGACUUGACUCAAAAAAACUGUACCCUGAUGAUAAAUAAUGUUGGCGUGGAACAUUCUGGGAGGUAUUACUUCAGGGCAGACCUGGGUGGUGCAAACAUCUACACUUUUCCUGACUUUACAAAACUACAGGUGUUGGAUCAGCCCAACAUCGAUGUUCCAGAGGAGAUUGUUAGUGACCAAAGCCUGGAUUUGACGUGUUACGUCCCAGACAAUUGUCCAGACAUGAGUCCACAGAUCCAGUGGAUGUACACAGAGGACCUGCCCAACCCUCUAUUUACCCCUGACAAUGUUGAGGACAGCAACACUGCAGUACUGUCCAGCACCCUCACCUUCACACCCAAACCCAUGCACAAUGGCCAGCGGCUGGGCUGCCGGGUACACUACGAAAACACCACCUUCGUCUAUGAACGCCUCAUUUCACUGGACAUCAAGUAUGCCCCUCGAUUUGCGUGGGUGAAUGUGUCUCAAGAGGUAAUGGAGGGAAGCUCGGUGGUCCUGCACUGUGAUGUGGACAGUAAUCCAACCCCCAAAAUAACCUGGUAUUUUGGAGACACAGAGCUGAUGUCGGAAGUUGCUUCAAACUCUUCGCUGCCUCUGGACAACCUAACCCCAGAGGAGGAUGGUGUCUAUACUUGCGUUGGUGACAAUGGCUACGGCAGCAUGAACGCAUCCAUGUAUUUGGCAGUAAAUUAUCCUCCACGGGAGCCGUGGAUCAAUGAAUCUCUAACGGUGUUGGAGGGAUCUUCAGUUGCUCUACAGUGCAUCAGCAAAGGUAACCCAAUGCCCACGCUGACCUGGCUGAAGGAUGGGAAACUGGUGGGCACUAUCACAGCAGAGGAGGGGUCUGUGCUUGAGCUGCAGGAAGUCACGCCUCAGGACCACGGAGUCUACCGCUGUCUAGCUGAGAAUGAACAUGGACGGGCCAGUAACUCACUUAACAUUACUGUAGAAUUUGCCCCUGUCCUCCUUGAUGACUCUAAAUGCACCAUAGUACGUGAGGGCGUUCAGUGUGUCUGUAUUGCCUCUGGAAACCCUGAGCCUGUGAUUGAAUUCUUCCUGCCUGACCUCAACAUCACCAUCAAUGACUACAAUAACACAUUUAACUACCACACAUACUCAGAUGGGUACACGUCCACGGGAAUCAUCAAGCUCCAGGACAAGGGUGAAAGGGGGAACAAUGGUGAUACAGCUGUCCAUGUGCACUGCAGCAUCAGCAACACAUAUGGCUCUGAGACCAUCCCUUUGGGACUGCAGCAAGAGAAAAAGUUCAUGAUGGCCGUCAUAGUGGGGACUAUUGGAGGUGUGGCAGUAAUCGCCUUCAUCAUUGCAGCUGUGCGAUACGUUGGUCAGAAUAAUAAAAAGGAGACGACAGUGAUUACCAAUCUGUUGGCCCAAUUGCAGGCAUGGAGAGGCAAGAGCUGAACUAUGCCACCCUAGAGUUUCUACAUGGACGACAUCUGGAGGGAGGCUACAGGAGGGCUAAUGGUGACAGCGGUGACUACACUGAAAUUAAGGCCAAAUGAACCGCGAUUCUUCCCUGAUGCCUCAACCAAACGGGACACAGUGGCCACUAGGGCCCAAUAAUUCCCACUGCCCCACAAAUUUCCUAUUUCACCCAUUUUAAAUGUGGCCUUUUCAAGGGACAACUGUCUCGGACAGUUAACAGACAAUGAGUCUUAGGCUGUUUUAGAUUGCAUUCUCUUAUGUCUCCAAGGUUCUGGGAAAUAUAUGUUCCCUUUUCAGUAAAAGAUACUGUACAGCAGAGUUUCUUUAUAUAUUUAUUAAUGAUUUUGUUUAUUUACUCCCAUUCUUGACUGUAACCAUACCAUAUAUUUUUUCUCUCAAUCAGAUAUAAGAGGUCUUAGUAUUCUCCUGGUUUAAAAAGACAAUACUUUCCAAAAGGAAGGGUGUUUUCCCCAAGAGUUACAGUAGAGCUUAUAGUCUGAAGCAAGGUAUGGUUUGCAGGUGAGUCUCAGUCACUAGUGGUCCUUUUCACUGUGUCCGCUGUAAGUCGAAGCAUCAGGGAACGAGGUGCUAUGUGCGCCUCGACGUAAUGUAUAAGCACUAUCCCAACUCUGGGUACGUCUUGAAGGCCUAACACUCUCUAAAAUACAGCAGUUGUUUCAGUCUUUUUCUGAGUGUAUCGGUCUUCAAGCACAUUUCAAUAUUCAUCCACUGAAACUUUUAUUACAUGCCCAGAAGUGAUUGUUAAAGGGAUAGUUCACUCAAAAAAUGAAAAUUCAGUGAACUCACCCUCAUUUUCACAAAAAACUUAGUUCCAAACCUGUAUGAUAUUCUUUCUUCUGUGAAACGUAUAGAAGAUAUUUUGAAGAAUGUUGGUAACCCAAUGAUUGCUGGCAGCCAAUGACUUCCCCACUGUAGAAAAAAUACUACAGAAGUCAAUGUCUACCAUCAACUAAAAUAUCCUCUUUUGUGUUCGGCAGAAGAAAGAAACUCAUACAGGUUUGGAACAACAUUUGGGUUAGUAAAUGAUGACAUUUGGGUGAAUUAUUCCUUUAAAUGAAUACUCGUUUUAUUUUUCAUUUAUACUGUACCUUCACUUAUUUGUAUUUGUAAAUGAAAACAGACCAGUAACUGGAUUGAAAACUGGUUUAUUGAAUGGUUGCUGGAUUUUGUUUGUCCCAACUACUUUGUAUCCUUUUAUUCAGACAUAUAUUUGUUUUAAAUGUUCCAAAUACAUUAAGGAGCAAACUCCCCCUGAUAAUAAUCCAGUCAAUCUGAUAGGAUGUAGUAGGCUAUAUGAUAAUGCCUGAAGGUCAUCCCUGCUCCAGCACACAUUGCAAUCUAAUAUGGUUAUCAAACUGACAUUUGAUAUAAGCAGAAAGUCCGAUUAAAUAAUGGAGGAUUGUUGCUCAUCCUUUGAAACUGAAUAAGAAAUAAGCACCAUUUAGGAAGGUAUCACUUUACCUAAGGUGCUUGAAAUAAAUGUAAUGGUUCAUGUAAUCAUGUAAUCCUCUGGUAAGGUUGUGUUGAUAGUUGUUUGUUAGAUGGUCAGUAUAUGCGAUUAGCCCUUGAAAUGCAAUUUGACUAACAGAUUAAUGAGUCAUUAUGAUCUUAAAUUAAUCAAGUUUAACAUUUAUAAAGCAUUCAAGGCACCUUGGUAGGAUACCAAUUUAUGUAAAUACUCUGCAUGAUAUAUAGUUCUGUGUUGUGAACCUUUGACCACACAACAAGAACAUACAUUGUGCAACAAUGGUGUAUAUUUUGCAGAAAAUCAAACACAAAAUGGCAUUAUAUGUGCAUAUACAAUUAGUAACAAAGACGGUCCAAGUUUGAAGAUGUAUACACAGAUAUUUAUUUGUAAGAAAAAACCGA